UCCUUAGAACACUACAACAAAACCUUCCAUGUCUCCCAUUCACUUAUAAUAACCUCUCCUCAUUUUCUUGAUUUGCACUAUUUCCCACUUUCCUCGUGCGCGUUAAUUAUCGAUCAAAUUUUCGAGAUCCUUUUUUUUUUUCCUUUGAACUAAAUUUGUUUUCUUGAUUUGGCUAUGGCGUCGUCAGGGAGUAGUACGACCGGCUCUCCAUGCGGGGCAUGCAAGUUCUUGCGUCGAAAAUGCGCGUCGGAUUGUAUUUUCGCCCCUUAUUUUUGCUCGGAACAAGGGGCCGCGAGGUUUGCCGCGAUUCAUAAGGUGUUCGGUGCGAGUAAUGUGUCGAAGCUGUUAUUACAUGUACCGGUUGCUGAUCGUUGUGAGGCUGUUGUUACUAUUGCUUAUGAAGCUCAAGCUAGGAUUAGAGACCCUGUUUAUGGCUGCGUUGCUCAUAUCUUUGCCUUGCAACAACAGGUGGCAUGUUUGCAAGCUCAAUUGAUGCAAGUGAAGGCUCAAGUAGCACAAAACAUGGAGAAUCAAUGGCAGGGAAAUGUUAAUGGAAUGACGUCAGCAUUUGUUGGUAAUAGUUAUAAUAAUCCAAUGUGUUCACAGGGCUCAAUUGAAGGAAUAAUUAGAAUGCAAGACAUUCAAAGAAGCAGAGAAGAAUAUGGGUACCAAUUUAGUACUAAUUCCAAGAUUAGAACAUUCGAUUGUACUGAGUUGGGUGAGCUUGAAGAGAUUGCUCUUCGGAUGAUGAGAAAUUAAUUAUUUAAUGUUUUGUUUUCAUUUUUUUUUAAUUUUGCUCAGAAACAUGGAUCUUGUACAUAUUGAGAGAUCAUAAGAAAAUAUAUUUCAUGUUGUGUCGCGUCAUUUGUAAUUUAAUAAGAUAUGUGAAUUUCCAAUAA